AUGGCCUUUGAAGUGAUCUGUCCAUCGAUUCCAGGCUAUGGCUUCUCAGAGGCCCCGCAUCAGGAGGGUUUCAACGUGAUCCAAACGGCUCAUAUAUUUGUAAAACUGAUGAACAGAUUGGGUCACAAAACAUUCUUUGUUCACGGAGGAGAUUGGGGUAGUUUUGUGUCCCGAACUAUAUCUGUAUUAUACCCGCAAAAUGUACGAGGAAUGCACGUAACGAUGGUUCAGGCGGCUAUGGACGGCAAAACUAUAGCAAAACAAAUACUGGGUGGUUAUUUACCAUCAUUGGUGUACGAGAAUCCUGGCCGUGAUUACUCUAAAGUGCACCCAUGGUUUGACAAAUUGUCCUUCAUGCUCAGAGAGUCGGGUUAUUUUCACAUUCAGGCCACUAAACCGGAUACAGUGGGCGCCGCACUCGUCGACAGUCCCGUAGGUCUGGCGGCGUAUAUACUGGAAAAGUUUACGACAUGGACUGACCCGGAGUUUGUGAAUCAACCCGACGGCUCUUUGACCAAAAAGUUCACCAUGGACGAAUUGUUGACAAACAUUAUGAUCUAUUGGGUGUCCAAUAAUGUGGCCUCAAGUAUGCGGUACUAUAAAGAGAACGCGGCCAUUAUUUUUACCGAUAUUAGCAGAAUGCCAGUCACUGUACCGGCAGCUGUGGCUGAUUUCCCCAAUGAACUUGGGCGGGCGCCUAAAGCACUCAUACAGUCAUUAUUUGACAAUUUGGUUCAAAUUACGGAUCAGCCCAGAGGUGGACACUUCGCCGCUUUUGAAGAGCCAAAACUGGUCGCCGAAGACAUCAAGAAAUUUGUCAAAACUGUCUUACAGUUAGAAUUGUCUGCCAAACAAAAGACCACAAAAUAACUCACUUUUUAAUUGUAGACAUUUAGACAAAUUUUUAAUACUUAAUAAAUUGUUUCAUCAUUUAAUGUA